GGGUUGUGUUGCUUUAACGUAUGUUGUGAGCCCUCUAGCGGCAUUUUCUGCACCUCUCUUUCAGGCUGUGGUAGCGUUUUUUUUUCUUUCCAGCUUUGUUUGCCUGAGCCGAAAGAGUCAGAUUAACUUUUGUUUAAGCUACUUAAUUAAACUUUCCAGGUUUGUUUCUUUAAUGUGAGGAGUACUCGUGUUUCCUGGUCUGUCUGAGAGUAUUGCACCUCUGGUAGUGAGCUUAUACCCUGGGUAGCCGGGGCUGAUGUAGCCGCAGUGUGAACACAAAUGUGGAGCCCACGUGGUACCUGCUGGUGUUGUGGGGAUGCUCUGGGCACUUAAACACCGCUGGAUGGAGGCUCCCACUUUGGCAGCAUGCUACGGCAGGUCAGAUCCAAGCAGUGAUGAGGAUGGACUUUGAUCUGAGGGGAGACUGACUGCAGAAACACUUGCUCUACUAGUCCAUUCUUCCAGUUCCUAGCCUUGCUCUGCGCGUGUCCGUUACAUGACUGCGCUACCGAGCGCCAUCAGGUGACGCAGAGCUGCUCUGAAACGUGAAGGUGCCGAGCAAGAGCACCCUGAACUUGCAGACUGAGCAAGGAGACACCGAGGCAGUAGAGAGCUGAUUUCUUCAAGUGCUGCCUGCUUGUUUUUUAAGUCGUGAAAGCUCUGUAUGUCACUUAGAAAAGCAUCUGCAAAAGGGGGAGAUAGGUAUCAUUGUUUUGGGGUGACACCUGCCUAUGACUUCAACAGUUCUCGUCCUGGCACACUAAAGUCAAGCCUUUGCAAAGAUUUUCCAGUACCGCUUCCUUCCUCGCUGGACGGGUACAGGCAAAAACAGUUCAAUGCAGGCUUUGGGAUUUUUUCAGCACAUUCACGGUGUAUACAUGCUCUAAAUGCCUACAAUACAGAGGAAUCCAGCUACUUCUAAUGGGAUGCAUUUGCAUAAAGGAAGAAUUCCUCUUCUAAGAUGGGUAAUAAGCAGACAAUAUUUACUGAUGAACAGCUGGAUGCCUACCAGGAUUGCACAUUCUUCACUCGGAAAGAAAUCCUUCGGUUGCAUGGCCGGUACCAUGAAAUGGCACCAAACGUUGUGCCCAUGGACUAUACAAAGGACCCGGAUGUUAAACUACCUAUGCAGCUUAUAAUAAACAUGCCUGAGCUAAAGGAAAAUCCCUUCAAGGAAAGAAUUGUGGAAUCUUUCUCAGAAGAUGGAGAGGGGAGCCUCAGCUUCAAUGAUUUUGUGGACAUGUUCUCUGUCCUCAGUGAAAUGGCUCCCAGAGAGCUGAAAGCAAUCUAUGCCUUUAAGAUCUAUGAUUUUAACACAGAUAACUUCAUUUGUAAAGCAGACCUGGAAAAAACCCUCAAUAAGCUGACUAGAGAAGAGCUAACAGCAGAAGAAAUCACUUUAGUUUGUGAGAAAGUGAUAGAAGAAGCUGACAUGGAUGGUGAUGGGAAGCUAGGAUUUGCAGAUUUUGAAAACAUGAUUUCCAAAGCACCAGACUUUCUCAGGUUUUUGAUGUGUUGGUGUAGGCAUGAACUACCCUGCCAAUACUUUCCACAUAAGAAUCUGAAGAUGUUUCUGUGAGCCAGUGUUAUCAGAAGUGACUUGCCAGUCCAGCCUUUCUGAAUCUCAGGCGCCUUGGGGGCUUUUGUCCUCUAAUUGUGGCUUCUUAGAACGCAAAAAGUAUUGAAAUAAUUAUGAUGCACAAACGGAGAGAAGCAUCAUUUGAUCUACAGGAUAUUUGGAACAGUUGCAUUUUUAUCUUCACUGCUGGCCAAGCACUCUGGCAAAGAUGGUUGGGUUGUGGUUAUUUUUUUAAAAACAGGCAGAGUAUCAUCAGAAUAUUAUUAAAGGUAUUUCCACAUAGUUUUUAUAUUUAUGAAUAUUUAAUACUGCUCUUAAAAGCAAAAAAAAAAAAAGAUGAUUGACAGGAAGAUGAAGUUGGGUGACUUUUCCAAGAGAAAGCAAGCAUGGGCCUUAAAUAACGAGUUGCCUCUAUCACUGUGGUGUACAGCUGGGGGUCUUGCAUGGAAAUACUCUUACAUGAAAGAACUGCAGUCAAGAUCAAACUCCCAGUGUUGAAGACAACCACAUCCCAGGUUUGCCUUUCAGUCACUGAAAUGGCAGGUGCUGGGUUUGGUGCUUACCUUCAACCAAUAUUUUAUGGAUUGUCAUGUCCUUAUGAAACUUGAAAUAUUUGCCUUUUGUAUAUGAUAACUGCAUAUGUGAUUCAUUUCUUUCCAAGAUUAACUUUAAAACUGUGUCCUUAAUCUCAAAGGAAGUCUUGCAUUUUACUGAUUCUAUGGGCUGAUAGUGUUGAAUAGAAGAAUACGGUCAUCCGUUACCCAUGAAGAAAUUAAAGAAGCACAGCACUAUUACUAAGGACAUGAAAAGACAUUUUCUUUCUAAACAAGCUAUGCAAUCUUUCCCAUAAAAUGCAUGAAUGCAGCUCUGUAUUUCUCCUUCCUCUUCAGCUGGAAAUCAGCUAUGUUCUUUUUAUUUUAUUCCAGUACUGUUUAGGUACUGUGGCCUGAAGACAAUCAUACAUGUAUUACUGUUCUAACAGUCAAUAGAAGGGCUCUGUCACUUACAUGGCUUCUGUAUCAAAGUCAUAACAAUUAAAACUUUUGACGCAUUUUAUCGUGCUUUGAGAAUUUUUAGGCUAAGCACAUUAACUUCCAUUCUACUCAUUAUUCCAACUACUGUAAAGUUAAAUCUUUCAAAGGCUGAAACAUGUUACACUUAUUGAAAUAGCUGAUAAAAUAUAGAAAUUAAUCCUUUUGCCAUUUCUGUAGGUAUGAUGAUGCUCUCUACUGUGGAACUUUUAAUGGAUGCUCAGCUGGGACAGAAAGUGGAAAUGAAAUUGGAUGAAGAAGGCAUUAAAGACAAAUCACGAUUGCUGAUGUCUUUAGGAAGAUGUGUCUGAGACAGAAGCAAAGGACAUUGUGAGCACAUGUUCUGCUUUUUUCUCUGUAUGAUUUUGCAGUUGUAGGUGUCUUGCAGAGAUGUUGAUGAUGCUGAGUGACUAUCAAAUUCUCUCUGGUGGGGAAGAGGAAGAGACUGUUCUUGGUGUAAUUAAAAGAGCAUCACCAUUGCAGAUGAGUGCCUUUAUUUAACUGGAAUUUCUGCCAUUCUUGUCUGUAAAAGACAUUUCAAAGUCUGAAUUCUGAAUGAAAUUCCCUGCUGCCCUUUUCUUUAGACUAAUUUGCAAGACCAGUGACAGACAAGUCAAUGGCAUCAGCCUCCUGUGUUUUGCUAAGUUAUCAAGUAAAUUAAUUGUUCCCUCUGUCCUUGUCUCAGUUAAGAUUUGUUCAGAUCCAAAUAUUUUUCUGCUUAAAUCCAUGACUUUGUUAGAUAUAUUUUGCACACACGGUUGAUCUUGCAUGCAUGCUGCUGACUGCAUGCUUGCAAACCCUGCAAACGCACCCUGAUUUACUCUUUUCCACUUCUGUGCACAUACAGGUCAAGGCUAUAUGUGCUUUAAGAUGUAGGCCAAAGUGUUUUAACUCUGCUGCAGAGGGCUGUGGGCAGCAAUCCAGCCUCCUACUCUGUUACUGUAGCUUCUCUCAAGUGAAAUCAGCAGGGGUGGCAGCCUGCCAGUAGCAAGAGCCUCCUUGCUGGGCGCUGAGUCACAGCCUGGACAGUUCAGCACAGACAAAGCUUGCUGUCUGCUACCUGUGUGAACAAACUAGACAGAAUGGUAGCUGUUUGAUGAAAGAGUGUUAACCGAAGACCCGGGCCCUUCAGGAAAAGCUCUGUAAGAAUGCAGGUACCAAGUGUCUCUCUUUACUUGACAGGAAAAGGUUUUCUCAGCUCAGUCUCAGAAAGUGCAGCCCAGCUCCUGCAGAGGAGGUCAGGUUCAACUUUUAGCAGACCUUUCACCCCCACAGCCUAUGGGCUGCUUCUCACACCACCCUGGAGACAGUACUGAUAGUAAACUCACGCUGAUUGUUAACUAUCUGGUUUUGGUAUUUGCUAUUCUGGGUUACUUCAAUGAUACUUAGAAAUAUGUUAAUUUUCACCAGACUUUUUUUCCUUUGAGGGGAAAUGAUUUUCUAUUUUGGAAUCUGUUAAACUUCGUCAUUAUGAACUAGUAGACCCUGAAAGGAAAAAGAACAUUAGGAUUUUAACCAAAAUAGUCUUUUUGUUUUUUUCAGAAAAUAGUCCUGCAACUUCUUUUGGUAUGACUUCAUGCAGUAAGAUUCUGCAUACAAAAAUAUAAAAAUAAAAAUCUGUAGAUUCAGAGACAAUUCCCUCUGCGGGAAUAAUUUGAAGCAGAAAGACUGCUUUUGCUUUGUCUAAACAAAUAGGUUAAACAAUGUGUGUAUUCUCAGAAAUAAACUAAAUUCCAGCAAACUCAAUGAGGCUUUUCAUGUUCAAAAGUUUUCCUCUGUUUUAUGGUGAUUUUAGUGACUGUUUUUCUUCCAGUGAUAAAAACAGAUAUGAUAAGGAAAUACAAAUAUUGCCUAUUGUAAUUUAUUUCAUCAUAAUGACAGUAGCAGUAGACUUUAAAGAGUGACCUGAGAAAUAGUAAAAUUUGGCUUUCUCCAGAAUUUGUUAGCAAAUGUUCCUAAUGAAAUGACUUGAUCCCAUGUGACUCACUUUCAGUAUUUUUCCAUUUCCAGUUACCUCCUGUAGAUGAAAAAGCAGAAUACAAGGAAAGAAUUAUCAGCAUCCAAAGAUGGCGUAUUUGAGAUCUUUUCCUUCUUCCAGGAAAAUCACAAAAUUAAAUACUGGUUUAUUAAUGCACCAAUAAAAAGAAGUCAUGGAGCACAGGGUGAGGAACAGGUUUUCUUAUACAAGGAAUUGAUGCCAAUAGCAUACAUCUCAGUGGCAAGUGAAUAGCAAACAGAAAGGACCCCUUGGGAUACCAAAGAACAAGCAUGUCUGUGCAUCUUCUGGGCACAGCCUUCACCCAGUCUCCUCAUAAAAAAUGGAAUGAAUUAAUUUCUCAGUAAAGGUAUAGUUCUUUUUAUAUAUCUUCCUCCUUAAGUGUGCAGGUAGCAAUUUAACCUUGCAUGAUUUAGUUGUGUUGAGGCAGAUACUAGCCAAUACAGUUCUUUGCUCUGAGGAUCCAGUCAUACCAUUUGUGCGAAGCAGUACCAUUCUCUCUAUUAUGACCCUUUGAUUUUGGUGAGUUUAUGUAGAGAUGAAGAGCCAAUCAGUGACAAUAAGGAUGAAUCUUGCCCCGAGACUACUGAAAAAUACAAGAACACCCUGAAUCCUUAGCCAUUUAAUCUGUGCCUUACAUAUUUUGUAGGAGUUUUAUGGCUUUACUGAUUCAAACAAAAUAUAUUUGAGGUUUUAUAAAGAAUAGGACAUCUGAGUUUGCACUAUAUAAUUAUUUCCUGGAACACUGUACAGUGAAUUCAGCUAACGUUCCCUCUCAUUUGCUUGCUUGAAAUGAGUAUAUUUUGUCCACAAAGAGGCUGCAGGCUUACCACUAAAUAUCACUGUACUAGACAUUCUGAGUAAGCAUGUGAUAAAUUCUGGUAAAUCCAGAGUAAAUACAUUAAAUAGUAAUUGCAUAUUUUGACUGAACCUCUCCUAGGAAUAAACUUGAUAUGUCAUAUAUCCCUUUGAAAAUGUUUGAGUAGCAUUUGAAGAUUCACUCCUGAAUCUCUGUCAUGUAUUAUAUACUAGUUGGUCUACCUCAGUGCAGUAUGUUUGGCUUCAGGUCUCAGAUCUGCCAAGAAAUUUGGGGCUUAUUCUGAUCACACGGCUUUAGAAAUAAAGUCCAUUGUGUUAUGUUUUAUUCUGAUUGAAAAUUAUAGCUGUGUUGAAGUAGACCAGUUAUUGACCUAUUUAUAGUAUAUUUUAACUAUUGCUUAAUUUUUGAUUGUUUUCAGCAGAGAGCAGAUAGAUCAUCGUGUUUCCACAGUUAAUCUGUGGUAUUAACCUUGUGAAUGCCGGUGCAGAGAUAAGGGGGAAAAUGAAGUAUAUGCAGAGGAAAAGGAGUCAAGGACACUUCCCUGGUCAUCUACUGAUAGAUUUAUUCUGCCCCCAAGUGGGACCUUCAGUCACCUCUAUGACUGCUGAGGCAGCCAAUUUCUAAACUCUUUUUCAGCUUAGAAAUCCAUUAUAAGGACAGGAGAAAAAGACAAUUGUGGUGAUAGUUUUUAAUGAAAAUUCGUAGAUGAUACCUUUUUUGUGAAUGGGAUUUGCUUUCUAUCUAGUAUCUUUUUAUUGUUUCUGCUAAUUGAGACACUAUGGUGAUGUUGCUGGCUGCAUGUUUCUUCCUGAGUUCAUGAAAUGAGGUAGACCCCUUUUUAUUUUAGUUGAAUGAUUUUUCUUGUCUCACCUUAGGAGUAUAAAUUUUUGUUUUUACCAGCUUUGAUUUAUAAUCACCUGUGAUGUAUGGCAGGGUUUUAUGAUAUGACUGUUUUGCAUCUUUCAGCUCCAAGCUUAAUGAGUUUAUUGGAAGUGUUUGUUAGGAAUUUUAGCCAGAGUGUCUUUGAACAUGCAUGGUCAGUGAAAUACAACUGAACAGAAUGGAAAUAGGUAGCAGCACUUUUGGAAUAGUCCCACCACUUUGGGAUCUGGAGAAUGUAAAGCCUCUCCAUUGCAUUUCUGCCUUCAAUACAGCAGAGUUGCAAAAGUGCACUGUCACUUAUUUUAAAUAGAGCUUUUCCAAUAUUCACAAGAAAACAUAAAAUACGUUGGCCAAAACUUUGGAUAGAUUUUUAUAAAAGGUGUACACAUACUAGUGCAUCACCAAUUCUUUUAAUAUGCAUGAGGUUUCAGAGGUCUUUAUUAUGAAGGGUUAUAUUUUAUUCAUUAUUGAACAAGGAACAAGGUUUACAAUUUGUGUUCAGAGUCUUCCAAAAAACACAGGAGAAUGUCUAGACACUGUGAGAAGGAGGAGUCUUGACUGAAAGCUAUUAAUUCCACUUUAAGAGCUGGCAUUUUUUUUGCUGUUAGAUUAGUGUAACUAAUAGGAGAGUGAGACAGAGGGCUUGAGGUAGUCCCAGAAACUGUUCUUUUUUGGUUUACUUUCUUUUCUUCUUAAACUUGCUUAUUUGAGUUUGAAGUUUGAAGUCUCAGUGAAGAGUCAUGGAGUUUUUGCUUCUGUAUAUGCCAGCUGUAAAACCUUUUUGAGAGGCUAAGUAUAUUAAAGAUACUGACAAAAAAAAUCCUGAUGCUUUCAUUCAAAACUAAUUACACCUUCUCAGAAAACUUUGUUACAUUCCUACCAGUAAUACUAGUUGUGAGGGGUUGGAGGUUAUGAAUACUAAGAGCUGUAACAAAUAAAAGCUGUAAAACUCAUUAUGAUAAUAAACAUGCAUGUGAAACAAAAGGCAAGGAGCAUGAUCAAUUUUAAUGUCUAAGAAAACAUUCCUUAAGAACAGUUAUACCAUAUCCUGGAUAUGACUGUUUGCAUCAUUUGCAGAAAAUCUAUGGAUCUGUACAAGAGAGACGAUAUAUUUAAAAAUAAAUAAAUAUUUUCUCAUGUAAAUGGUACAUUUAUUACUAAGGUGAUAAAAAGUAUGAAUGAUUGUUCUACAGAUAUCCAGAUGAAGAUUUCAAAUAAAUAUAGAAUAAA